GACGGGGCGGGGCGCAGCUUAGCUGAGCCCUCGCGCGGCGCCGGGGCGGGGGCGGUCGGCAGGCGGGUGGGUGGUCGGGCUGCGAUGGAGUGGGGCCCGGGCGCAGGCUGGUCACGGGGGGAGGCUGCCGGCGUGGACCGCGGGAAGGCGGGGCUGGGGCUCGGCGGGAGGCCACCCCCGCAGCCGCCCCGGGAUGAGCGCGCCCAGCAGCUGCUGGACGCCGUGGAGCAGCGGCAGCGGCAGCUCCUGGACACCAUCGCCGCCUGCGAGGAGAUGCUGCGGCAGCUGGGCCGCCGGCGUCCGGAGCCGGCUGGUGGCGGGAACGGUUCAGCCAAGUCCGGAGCGUCGCCCCAGUCAGCUGUAUCCGCCAGAGGUGGCCUUCCAAAGGAUGCUGGCGAUGGAGCUGCGGAGCCUUGACCAUUUCCUAGCCGGGCACCCUGACUUCUGUCCCUUUCCAGGGCCGGUGGCUGGACUCUGACCAACUCCCUUCACUAAAGGGGUCAGUCUUAACUGGCAGUUGCUGGUACUUGGCCCUCAGCCUGGGAUGGCAACUCUACUAGCAGCUGGGUUCACUCCUCGUCGUCCUGGCUGAAGGCAGGACUGUGUUUUGAAAUGUAGCCAGCGAAUAUCCAGUCUGGAGUACUCGGACUCCGGCAGGCCAGCAGUGCUGGCCAGAGUGGUCUGGCCUGCUUUGGGGGUUCCAGGUGGUAUUACAUGUUCAUUUCAUGCUUUGGGGGCUCCCGGCCCCAUAAAACACUUCAGCAGAGUAUUGAUUAAAAGGAAACCUGCA